AAUGCAGACCGCGCUCACAUGCACAAUCACACACACACACGCCGGCUCGGGGAGCUCGUGCAGGGGGUGUAACCACACAGAGAGAGAAUUAAAUAUAAAACUACACCUACACAGGAGUGCCAGGAAAAAAAAAAACAAACCCAGCACACUUCUCACUUUUAAAAUGUCUCUCUCUGCCAUUACCGUCUCCGUUCUUCUCCGCCGCUCGUUCUCCUCGGUUAGCAGGAGUGCUAGCUUGAGUUCAGGCCGGUGUGUGUGUGCAUGCAGGUCGGCAGUGCCUGGGGUCCGCUGGUACGCCGCUGCUCGUUUGGAUUCCGACGGAAGCGGCCGGCCUACCACGUGGGACUCGUUUGGGAUUUGGGACAACCGUAUCGAAGCGCCCAUCCUGUUACCGCCAAGUAUACGCUACGGUAAGCCAAUCCCACGCAUAAGCCUGGACCACGUGGGCUCAGCCUCGCAGAUCGGCCGUCGUCAUGACAACGAGGAUCGGCUCCGUGUAGCUGAGCUCACGCCCUCCACGCUCUACUUCGCUCUGUUUGAUGGACAUGGUGGCGCGCAAGCCGCUGACUUCUGCUACACACACAUGGAGCGCUACAUUAGGAAGGGUCUGGAGAAAGAGUGGGAUCUAGAACGGGUGUUAACAAAAGCCUUCCUACAGGUAGACGCUGCCCUGGCCUCUGAGAUGCAGAUGUACGGCAAUGCCUCUCUGAUGACGGUGGGCACUACGGCAACGGUGGCUUUGCUAAGAGAUGGGAUAGAGCUGGUCGUCGGGAGUGUCGGAGACAGUCGUGCCAUACUGUGCAGGAAGGGUGAAGCAUACACACUCACCAGCGACCAUACGCCCGAGAGAAAGGAUGAAAAACAGAGAAUACGCAAGAGUGGAGGUUUCGUAACAUGGAACAGUCUCGGUCAAGCCAACGUGAACAGCCGCCUGGCGAUGACACGCAGCAUCGGAGAUUUCGACUUAAAGCAAAGCGGUGUUAUCGCAGAACCUGAGACCACUCGUGUAAUAUUACAGCAGUCUCACGACUCGUUUCUGGCCCUGACCACCGACGGCAUAAAUUUCAUCAUGAGCAACCAGGAAAUCUGUGACGUCAUCAGCCAGUGCCACGAUCCUACCGAGGCGGCCCACGUCAUCGCAGAGCAGGCUUUGCAGUACGGCUCUGAUGACAACAGCACGGUCAUUGUGGUUCCGUUCGUAGCAUGGGGAAAACAGCAGAAUUCCCACCAUAGCUACUCCAUGAGCCGAAACUUCGCCUGCAGUGGACGCUGGGCCUGAAAAGUCACCAUCUUUAAAGCUGAACUCUGCUGGAAUGUGUUAUGUAACAUACUGUAGCCUUAACGCUAUGUAUCAAAAGUAUUUUUCGAAAAAGUUUUUCAUAGCAGAUGAUAAUUGACGUAUUAUAUCCAAGGUUAUAUUCGAGUAUCGUUUUUUUUGUAUCCAAUGCUGUUUUCCCUUUUAUAUAUUUCUGGAAACAAUUUGCUACAUUAGCAAUUUGAACAGUAUUUAUGUGACAGCUACUAUAGUGGCGAAUUAAAAACCUGGCCUUCUUGCAGGGCAUAAAUCCUAUGAAUCAUGAGAUGUCCACUGACCCAGUACAAACUGAGUCCUUAUAAAAAACAAAUGGAAAAAGAUUAAAAUAUGAGAACGCAAACACAACGUUGCUGUGGAUUCUUAAAAUAAGACACUUCC